GAGGAGCCCGGCUUAGGGAGCUGGUGAAGCUUCUCUUUGGCGGCGGGGAGGAGCCUUGCAGUGCAUGCAUCUUCAGGGCUUUUGGUCAGCCGCGGGCAUGCUCUGCCCAGAAUCCCUGGAUUCCUGCUUCCUCCCGGACGCCUCGGGCUGAAAGCCAGAGCUCUGGCACCUCACAGCUCUAGGGUUGCUUUUUGUUCUCACAGAGGCGUGACGGGCAGAGCGACUGUCAUCCAGCGGGAGGCUCAGAACGCUGUUCUGUAUUCUGGCAUGCAAGGAGGAAGCACAGCAAAGCAGCAGUGGUGCUGAGUGUGAAAUUCCUUCAGCUUUGUGAAGUUCAGCCCCAUCAUUUUUAGACCCUCUAAGCGACAAGGCAUGUUUAGCCUACAUCGAGUGACCAGAAGAUACCUUUCCAGUCAAGUUGAGGAAUUCAAUAGACACACCAUUUCAGCUUCUGCCUGCCCUUUUGAGCUCAUGCCUGCAUAGAGACCAGAAAAACAUCACUCAAACUCUGAUUUGUGUUGAAACCUCAGUGUGGUGUUGAAAAUGCCUCAGAACCCACCUGCACUCAGUCAUUGAUGAAUUUCCUGUAACCAGAGUGCUGCCUUGGUGUCUUUGAAAGUCAGAAGUGUGGCUGGCCCAUCUACUGCCCUGUGUUCAGGAACUCUGAUGUUGGAGUCAGGAUGGCAGCAACUGACAUUCCUCUGAUAUAUGUUCAAUCAUCUCUGUAUCCAGUGUCUCCUGAGAAAGGACACAUGGGCAAAGAAGGGCUAACCAAUGAGUUCUUGACAAGCUUGUUACAGGAGUUGGUGUCCUUCGAAGAUGUGACUGUGCAGUUCACACAGGAGGAGUGGGAUUUGUUGGAUCCUUUACAAAGAACUCUGUAUAGGACAGUAAUGCUGGAAAACUGGAAGAACCUAGCCUCACUCGGGCAUCACCUUGAUAAACCAAAUCUGAUAUCCCAUUUGGAACAAAAAGACAGGGAUAUGAGAGAGGACAGAGGAAUUAUUCCGGUCAUCUGUCCAGAUUUGGAGACUGUACUUAAAGACAAAUGGCUAACUCCUAAGAAGCAUAUUUUUAGAAAAGAACAUGCUAAUGGUGGAAAAACAGUAAAACUAGAGAAAAGAGGUCAUCAUGGAAUGAAAAUCAAUGAAUGCAAUCAAUGUUUUAAAGUCUUCAGCACGAAAUCUAACCUUACUCAGCACAAGAAAAUUCAUACUGGAGAAAAACCCUACGAUUGUAGUCAGUGUGGAAAAUCCUUCCGCAGCAAAUCUUACCUUACUGUACACAGAAGAAUCCAUAAUGGGGAGAAGCCCUUUGAAUGCAGUCACUGUGGAAAAGCAUUCAGUGAUCCCUCAUCCCUCAGACUUCAUGUAAGAAUUCACACUGGAGAAAAGCCCUAUGAAUGCAACCAGUGUUUUCAUGUCUUUCGUACCAGUUGUAACCUCAAAAGUCACAAGAGAAGUCACACGGGGGCUGAAAAUCACCAUGAGUGUACUCAGUGUGGAAAGGCCUUUACUACAAGGUCCUCGCUCACUGGACAUAAUAGCAUUCAUACUGGAGAAAAACCAUUCGAGUGCCAGGAUUGUGGGAAAACCUUCAGGAAGAGCUCAUAUCUAGCCCAGCACUUAAGAACUCACACUGGAGAGAAGCCCUAUGAAUGUAAUGAGUGUGGGAAGUCGUUCAGCAGUAGCUUUUCUCUAACUGUACACAAGAGAAUACAUACUGGAGAGAAACCAUAUGAAUGCAGUCACUGUGGAAAAGCUUUUAAUAAUCUCUCAGCUGUAAAGAAGCACUUAAUGACUCAUACUGGGCAAAAGCCCUAUAGAUGUAACCAUUGUGGAAAAUCUUUCACCAGUAACUCUUACCUCUCCGUGCACAAAAGAAUACAUAACAGGUAGAUAUGAAUUGUGGUGAGAAAUUACUAAGGGAAUUUCUGUCAGAAAGCUUUGUUGAUCCUAAGAUAACUUGAGAGAAGUUACAUCAGGUGUAUACAUUGUUAUUGCUUUAUAAUAUAUAUCCCCUCCCAAGUUUUGUGGCUUCAAACAAAUACCUCACAUUUUGUAGGUCAGAAAUAUGAGGGCACCUUUAGUUUGGUAGUUGCCCCUCCCCUCAGGACUUCCCAUGAACGUAUAUUGAAGACAUCAACCAGAGCUGCAAUCUUCUAAAGUUCUUUUUGAAGGAACCACUUCUAGGAUGGCUCACUCACAUGCAUAGGAAUUUUCUGCUGGUUAUUGACAGGAGACCUUCAGUGCCUCACCAUAUCUUUAUAAUACCAUCAAGUAAGUCUUCUAAGAGAAACCAAUUAAAAAAAUGAAAUCUUGCCUCCAGAAGGUAUAGUUUCACUUCUUUCUUUUAUUAGUCGAUCACAGACCAGUUUUGAACAGUGUGGGAGAAAAACUACAAAAUAUCUGAGAACCAGGAGACAGCUCUCUGAGAACCCUCUGAGAAACUUGCCAUGAAAUUAAUGAAGAGAAGUCUUCAGUAGACCUUUGUCCUUUUGAUCAUCAGUAAAUUGUUAAAUCUCUCUACAAAGAUACCUGUGUGAUAAAGCUUUUUAGUUCACUUUUUGUAAUAUGCCCCAAAGAUGAUGUUGGGAAAACCCUUUUGAGGAGAAUAGUGAGCAUAUAGUAAGGGCCUUUAGUGGUAUCAGACUUUUCAGUCUUUCUUGUGGGCAAUCACACGACUGGGGAAUAUAAGAAAUUCAGGAAACUGUACAGCAAAGGGUUCACAUUACUGACCACAAGUAGUGAGGUGCUCUCCAGUGAUAAUAGGAAACCUUUGACUUUUCCUUUCUUGAAGAGGUAUGAGAAUAUGCUUUCUGAAAAGCACCCUUGAGUGACAUAGGCAUUGGCAAGCCUUCAAGGAAUUUCUUCAAGGAAUCCUCUGAUGUAGGAAAAAGUUGACAGUGAUUCCUCCCAAGCAUAUAAACUGGAGGGACAUGUUAGAAAAGUAAAGUAAUACAUGUUAGAUUGCUUUAGCAUCAGGUCUCUGUUGAACAAUUAUGUAAUAAUUUAUAGUGGAAAUGAAAUGGGUGAAUAUGGGGUACCUCUACCAGUAGGUAGUUUCUGUAGGUUCAGUUACCACAUUAUAUUCAAUUUUUGUUUUAUAAGCAUGUAUGUUUAUAUGCAUAGCACACACCACAUCCCAAAAAAACAGCCCUUAACAGUUCCAAAUUUUCACUGCAGUGUAUGUGCAGCUUCCGAAGAGUUGGUUGGCACAAACUAGUAAUGCUAGUACUUGGAAGGCUGGCAAUGUGGAUUGUGAAUUUUAUGCCAGCCUGACUGGCUGGCAUAGUAGUUUUCUCAGAGUAUGGGACUUUUUGACAUUGAUCCUUUUUUUUUCUUUCUGUCCUGCAAGUAUCCAGUGUCCAUUUUGUCCUGUGUAGAGCAACAAGAUGGCUCAGUGGGGGAAGGUGCUUGCCACCAAACCUGAUCACCUCAGUUCAGUCCCCAGAACCCAGAUAAUGAGUAGAGAAUGGACUGCCAGUUUUCCUCUGACAUCACACACAUGUCAGCCCAACAACAACAACUACCAAAAAUUGUUUUAAUCUGUAAGUGGUAUUAAAAUAAUAUGCCAGGUUUUUUUUUUUUUUUAAGCCUGAAGAAUGGUGCCAUGUAAUUUGGAUGCUGAAGAAUUUAUUUUCUCUUUUCACACUUUCACUUGUCAAGUAGCUGUGAGAUCUGGAGUGGGAAGAAUUGUUUUGUCAAACAGUAAUGACAUAAACAGUGGGACAGUAACAGUGAUUUAGUUUCCUCAGAAACCUCUGACCAGCAUGAUUUGCUGUUUGUGUUUGAGUUGAUGUUAAGUUCUAGCUAAAAUGAUAAACGUAUUUGUCAAAUGAUAUCCAUAAUUCUUAUGAGAGUAAUUUAUGUUCUCUUACAUGUUGAUAUAGAAUGUAUACACAUUAACAUAGUCUUUUUUACUGAUAUGUACAAAUUGAUUUAUUUUAAAAUAAUUUGUGGUAGAGCCUUGUGAUUUUGCCUUAUUUAUUUACUUUGAAGUUCUGUAACUAGGUACAUACAAGAUUAGGUGUUUUUGUGUGAAGUGUUUCUUUUUAUAUAGAAGCCACACUUUUUCAUAACACAGUACUAUAAUGCAUUGAUAAUAAAUGGUCAAAACCAUGUGGUGCUUCUCAUAGACAAGCAGGAAUGCCUUGCAAGUAACUGUCAACUACUCUGGAUAAGCAUUAAUAUGUUCAGUUAUUUUUACCAGUUCAUAUGGCACAUAUCAGCCUGAGUUCUCUGGUUAAUAAUAGUAGAAUCUUGAUUUGAGCAUAAAACAGUCCAUUAUCUUAAAUACUACCUAAUCUAUUGAGUAUGCUCUGGGAACUAUUGUGUAAGUAUUUGCUCAGUUGAAAUAUUCUCUUCUAUAGGAAAGAAGGAUGCCCUAAAUGACAUUGGAAUAGGAAGCUAAUGAAACAAACUCAUCAAACCUUCAGGACUCAAAAUAUUCAAGGGCCAUCGUCCAGGAUAUGAAUAGUAAAUAAUUACUGCUCAAGAGAUUGUUUGUGUGUAGAGUUUCCAAUAAAUUGAGAAGGGAGCCCCACGGAUGCAGCUACAUUGUUGCCUCACAUGUUGGGGUAGUGUUUUUGGUGUUACAGACGCCUUUGAGUCAUCCUUACUUCAGUAAGUAACCUUCAGGAAUUCAUUAGUUUGUCAAGCCAGGCUUGAUGGAAUUCUUUCCUUGAGCUGACUCUGGUGCCCUAUCUAGGGAAUAGACAUUUGUUUAUAUCUCCACCAACAGUCACACAACACAAACAGGGCACUCAUACAGGGACAGACACAACUAAAGAUGUCUUUGGGUGGAAGAGUAGCCACAUUAGCUCUGUAUGGGAUUUGAGAUGUACAGCUGAAGCUGAUCCUUGUGCAGGUGGAGUAUCCUUUUGGGCAGUCCUGAGAAGGGAAUCCCAUGUAGUAGGAGAUAGUAUGGCUCCUUGCUUUAGUGGUGGUUUUAUGCUGUCUGUUAUCAAUGAUAAGAUGUGCAACCAAGGCAGAGCCAUCUGAAUGUGGAGUAUCUCCAGGGUAACUGAAUUUAAUUUCUGUGGCUGUGAUAAAACACAGAAAAAAAAAGCUACUUAGGGGAGGACAGGAUAUAUUUUAUCUUGCACUUGAAGUCACAACCUAUUAUUGAGGGAAGUUAGGGUAACAACUCUAAGCAGAAACCAUAGAGGAAUGCUUCUUGUUCACUUCCUGGUUCAACCGUAGGAUCAUCUUCAACUAGCUUACAUAACCAAGUACCACCUCCAUAUGUCCCACUCACAGUAAGGCCCUCCUCUGCCAAUUAAUACAUCUCCCAACAGGCCAAUUUGAUGUAGGCAAUUGCUCAAAUGAGGCUCUGAAGUCUCAUGACUUGAGUUUGUAAAGUUGACAGUUAAAGCUAAUUAGGACAGUCUUUCUCUUCCUGGGAUGAGGUGACAUACCUUAUUGGAGUCCACUACAAAAGCAUGGCUGUGCUAGUUAGUAAAAAUGCCAAUGGAUUUGAGAACAUAGAAUUCCCAAUAAUGGUACUCUGGGACUAUAUUGUAAGCAGCUUGUGACAGUUGUAUGCCCUUUUGUGUGGUUGAUGAGAUAUACCAGGCUCCACUGCUUACCUGUAAAGAACUUGUACAAGUAAUGGGAAAAUUGCAAAGAGAAAAACAUAAUACUAUCCUUCAUACCAAGACAGUUUACACACAUUCCGUCCAUCUUUAAGAAUGCUAUUCCUUUCUUUUCAUUUUUUUAAAAUAAAAAUAUUUGUAAUUAA